ACGACAGACCGCACCCUUUCCAUUGACACGAACACGAACAAACAUCGACUAUGGCAACAAGAAGAGUCAACACCUCCGCCGCAAAGACACCGCUCAACGAAGAUGACACUACUCUCAGUCCAGAUGUCAAGUCGAACAUUAGUCCUGCGGUGCCCGCAUCCGUGAUAUACAAACUACUCGGCUUCACCUUCGCCAUGAUCACGUUCCCCAUCGGCAGCUACUUUCUCUCUGUCAAUUUGCUAUUUGGAGGCAACUCUACUUACGCGGGAGGGUUGGCAGCGCUGGUGGCCAACGUAGUCCUGAUUGGCUAUGUGGUCGUGGCUUUCAAUGACGACAAGUCGGAACGUGAAGCUGCUAUCGAAGAGGAGAAGAAGUCACGAUGAUGAUUACUUAAGAAACUCAGCACUCCAAGACCAGGUGGAGGUUUUCGCACAAGGCGCAAUAUCAUAUGGGGUGCCUCAUAGCUCCUCGAAUAAGAGAGCAUCACGCACGGCGCUAUAGCUCCAUCGUCAUUACAGUAGGAGGUAGUAGGGAUGUGCAACCUGUGGCUCUGGAGCCAAGUGCCGCAUGCACUGCUUGCCGAACGAUGGAGCUACCUACCUCCACCUCCUACGAGGUCAAUAGCUAAGUAACAAGCUUCACCGAUGUCACUAGUUAACGAGCUGCACUGUGCGAAGGGGC